UUCCCUUCUCUCUCUCUCUCUCUCCCCCCCACUCCCUCCUCUGCUUUCUCUAUCUAGAAAACACACAACUCUCCUUCUCGUCCCUCUCAUUCUCUUGCAAUGGCUUCCAAUGGAGUGAACGACAAGUCACUGAUCGUCAGCUUCGGGGAGAUGCUGAUAGACUUCGUCCCGACGGUCUCUGGCGUCUCCCUCGCUGAAGCUCCGGGGUUUGUGAAGGCACCGGGUGGUGCUCCGGCGAACGUGGCGAUAGCGGUAGCGAGGCUGGGGGGAAAGACGGCAUUUGUUGGAAAACUCGGUGAUGAUGAGUUCGGCAACAUGCUCGCCGGAAUUUUGAAGGAAAACGGCGUGAUCGCUACGGGGAUAAAUUUUGACACUGGUGCUAGGACUGCUCUCGCGUUUGUUACUCUACGCGCUGAUGGAGAGCGUGAGUUCAUGUUUUAUAGAAAUCCAAGUGCUGAUAUGUUACUAAGGCCAGAAGAGUUAAAUCUUGAGUUAAUCAGAUCUGCUAAGGUUUUCCACUAUGGAUCAAUAAGUUUGAUUGUGGAGCCAUGCAGAUCAGCACAUUUACAGGCAAUGAGGGUGGCGAAGGAUGCAGGUGCAUUGCUUUCGUAUGACCCAAAUCUGAGGCUGCCAUUGUGGCCAUCAGAAGAGGAGGCGCGUGAGCAGAUAUUGAGCAUCUGGGACGAGGCAGAUGUGAUCAAAGUCAGUGAUAAUGAGCUUGAGUUCCUCACUGGAAGUGACAAAAUUGAUGAUGAAACUGCCUUGUCACUUUGGCGUCCUAACUUUAAGUUGCUCUUGGUCACCCUUGGUGAAAAGGGUUGCAAUUAUUACACCAAGAAUUUCCAUGGAUCAGUUGAGGCUUUCCAUGUGGACACCGUUGAUACCACAGGUGCUGGUGAUGCAUUUGUUGGUGCUCUCCUUUGCAAGAUUGUUGAUGACCAAUCUGUGCUUGAGGAUGAGCCAAGGUUGAGAGAGAUACUUAGAUUUGCAAAUGCUUGUGGAGCCAUUACAACCACCAAAAAGGGAGCAAUCCCUGCUCUUCCUACUCCGGCUGCUGUCCUCAAACUGGUUAACGAAGGAAAAUAAACUUCUAUUUUUUUAAUCCGCACUGCAUUUUAUCCCUUUCCUUUCCAGCUCCUGGUUCUCAAUUCAAUCGAAGAGCUGUUGCAAUCUCAAAUUUUCGCAUUUUUCUCGAGUGUAAUGAUGGAAAAGACUUGCGCUUUAAGGUCUUGCCAAAUAAAAUUUUUCUUUUAAACAAA